GUGACUGACACUUAAGCUGAUCAUUUUAGCAGCAAACGACACGGCAACUAGCCACGGAGUGUCCGUGACCAGCACCAGCACCAGCACCAGUCGCCGUGACAAUCCCAACCCCAGCUCGAACACUCCCUCUGCACCAUCACAUCUGAGUCAACGAAAUUGACAACGGCAUUUGGCAAGCUCGCUAUUGUCCCAAACUGCAGUAAUAGUAGCCACUCCGAAGCUGUAGCACCUGCGAGUGACCAUGUCGCGUCAGUAUCGGCUUAAGAUCACGAGAAUAGUGGUCAAUUGCCGUCAGCCCAACCUCGAACUCCUGGUACACGCGUGGACCUUGUGUCACCCCUCCCCCUUCCUGCAGCAGGGCUUCCUGGCCACGAUCAGGCCGUUCAGCCACUCCUGCGGGAACGCGAGCUUGCGAGCUCUCCCAACCGUCCCAUGAAUCUGCCAGAGUCCUUACCGUCCCGCACAGUCUCACCCCAUCACUAUGUUAGUAGCUCAUCCUUCCCGCGUCUCCCGGAACCUGAGCUUACCGGCACUACUGUGAAUCCGGCCACGUCCUUACCAUACCGCACAGUCUCGCCCCUUCCCUCAGCUAGCAGUGCAUCUCCUCGCACACCACCUUCGCAAUGGUCCCUCCCCACUGUCGACAACCCUUAUGGCUCUGACCUGGUUGCAGGUGCAAUGACCGGAGGUGGCGAUGAUGAUGACGAUGAAGAGGAUAGUACGCGUGAGCUUGAGCAUGAGUUCAUGCCCUGGAAUGAUGAAGACAUGCCAGAUGGAGAGCAGGCGGAAACCAGCCAUACUGUGGAUGCAGGUACUUCGGGUACUACCAGUGAUGGUCGAACACCUGGACAGCCUCGUUCAUCUAUGCCGACGUGGCUAAAGAAUGACUAUCUACGAGUGUGGGACUGGUUGAUCCACGAAAUGAAACACAAUUCGUCAAGAAUGCCCACAUGUUACGACCGCUAUUCCUUCUACGACGGAGCAGAAAACUGCUUUCUUGCAGCACGAGCUUCAUAUGAUGGAUCUGCAGCUGGCAUUUUCCACCAGCCUCGUUACUUUCUGUGGCUGCCGCAUCUUUUGGUGGAUCGCAUACCAUGCCCAGCAUGCAAGGAGGCCAAACAGGAAGGCUCGAAGACAUCAGUAGUGUAUCUGCAGAAACAUGGUUUUGUUGAUAGCCCAUGAUGGGUGGUUGAUGUCAAUCGUAACAUUUUUAUCAUUGGAUUUCGAUAUUGCUGCGGGCACAAGGGUUGUUGCAAGAACUACCAAAGCUGUAG